AUGUAUCCUAAUACCAAAUCCAGAAAGAGUCCUCGCUCUAACUUCCAAUACUUAUUUUCUUUUCUAUCAGCAAUAUUGUUCCUUUAUUACAAUAUAGUACUGGCAAGAAUAAUCAACCGGUACGAGGUUCGGAACAAAUGUGGACCACAUUUCGAAUCCUUUAGAAAAACGCGGUUCCCCUGCGAACGUUUCGUGUUACUCGGCUUUCUAUUGUCUAUGGGGAUUGAGGAAGCGGAAAAAAAUGCUCACAAUCAUCUUGCAUCAAGUCUUGCCUUGCUGGCUAGUGUGCGGAUGGGGCCGGUGUUUACGGCUACGGUCCGGGGCGGGGGCGCGCGGGGCGAAGGGUGGACGGACAAAGGAGAGGCGCGGCCGGCGUCCGGCGAACCGCGGCUGGCCUUAUCACGGCACUCAGUCGAUGUCCGCGCCUCGCGACUGCGCAUCGAAGCGAUACUUUUAUUGGACAAAUUUCCCACCUCGUGUUCGUUUACAAUAAGCAAAACGGCUGACCUGUCAAGAAUUGUAAACACAACACACGUGCCGGCUCGCAAUAAGCGAGAGGCCAAAAUGACAACGAAAGGGAAGCGACCCAUGCGUGCUCUCACGCCUGAAGAUAAAAUCGAGGCAAUUCAGCGAGUCAAUGAUGGAGAAUCUAAGGCAUCCGUCGCAAGAGAUAUUGGAGUACCAGAGUCCACUCUUCGGGGAUGGUGCAAGAACGAAGACAAACUCCGCUAUAUGACAUCGCGGCUGUCUUCGCCUGACACUGACAAAAGCAAUGAUGGCGAGCCCCCAGACAAGCGAGCCCGAACCGAAUCUCCAGCCGCUUUACAAUCACCAGCGACAGCCGGUCUCGAUCUCUCGACUCCAGUUAGCGCUAGCCAUGGCAUCUCUCAACCCACACCUCCGGCUGAUGCCCCCGUCGAGCUAACCACUAAACGCUCAGAACCCUCACCGCCACCACACGCACCCCGAGACAGACGCCCUGAACCUGGAGCCAGCGUGUCAAUGAGUGCCAUAAGCCCGCUAUCCGGUCUCGGGCAUUUACCUGGCCUCACUCACUCACACUUGGGGUUGAGCUUUAAUGAAAUCGCUACAAAUUUAACAUUAUUGGCUCAGCUUAACCCGGGUCUGUCUGCUUUAUCUGCUCAACCGGCGAGUCGAGCACUACGUUCGGUUCGCUCUCCCAAACCUACUCACAACGGUGUACUGAAUCUUAAUGACACGAAACAUCGUAGCAAAUCGAGCCACUCGACAGACCACUACAGGCAAAGUAGCGCUAAAUCUAACCACCACGCGACACCGCAACUCUCUGCAAACCAACCUGUCGAUGACACACUUUGGUAUUGGCUUAAAACUCAACAAGCCAUGCUAGAUUUAACAGCGCAAACGACAGCUACCCACCCUUUGCAACUCGGAAAACCGAGUGAGCCUACGUUACCACCAAAACCAGUAGCCCCCGCCCCACCUAUCGGAUCCCAUCUUGAUUAUAACAGAAAUUCAUGGUUGUGGCAAUACUACAAACAGUUCGGAGGAGCAAUGCCGCUACCUGAAGAUAAACUCAAAUCCGCAUCACAAGUGCCGAAGGAUAAAUCCGCUGAAAACAUUCUAUAUUCACACUUGACAAAAGGGAAAACCGAAGAAGAACAAGUCGUCACCACAGCUCCCCCCUCCCCGCCGAGACAACAACAAGAAAUACAAAGAGUACCAGAGCCCGAAGACGCGCGAAUUUGUGAUACCGAGACUGUCACAAAUUCAGAAAGGGGAACUGAAAACAAGGAACCGGUAACAGAUAAGUCUGUUGACUCCGGUAGAAGUCAGAUCAAAGCCCGGACCGUUCUAGACAAUUUAUUGUUUAAUAACUCCAAUCAAACGCAAGGGAGCGAGGACAAUAAAAUCAAUAGUACAUACGGUGGAUGGGAGGCGGGUACUGCGGAGGCGUUGGAACAUGGAGAGAAAUUCUUAGCCUGGUUGGAAGCGAGCGGGGACCCGAGCGUAACGCGUAUGCACGUGCACCAACUACGUGCCCUGCUGCACAAUCUGCGCACGCGGCGGGCGGCCGCCGUGCCCGCUGUGCCCACUGCGACCGCCGAAGGGGCACGUCGCAAAUAA